AUGAACCACAAUAUGGAGAAAGAAAUUAAGGACGAACUCACACCGUCCCUACAGCGUUCUACCGAUUCUUUAAAUAUGAUGGAGACUGUCUUCAAAAAUAAGAUGGAUCACAUUCAACCAAUUCAAUCAAGUGAUUCAAUUGAAGAAAUCAAUCAAAACAGCAAAGUGGACACGGCAUUGUUCCAAGGAGAUAUGAUACUCACCAAGGAACAAACUGAGGAGAUUUUGCAAGACAUCAAAGCGAACAAGGGCAAACGCAACAAACGACAGGCCUUCCGUGAUAAAAACUAUCCCAAAACGUUGUGGAAUAAACUUUCAGCUACCGAUAGAAUUAACGUUAUCAAAGGUGGUGGUUGCUGGUCAUACGUUGGAAGACUUGGAGGUGAACAAAGUCUUUCACUAGGCCCCGGAUGCGAAUCGGUUGGAACCGCUGUACACGAGAUUGGACAUGCUUUGGGACAUUUCCAUACGCAGUCAAGACACGGUCAAAAGGAUGGCUGGCUGUCUCAAUUCAUAAAACAAAGUGAAAAUAGUGACUACAACUAUACCCUCACUUAUGAUCAUGGAAGUGUUAUGCAUAACGCACCAACGAGUGUUUUAAAGAACGGCAAACUCAUCGUAGUACCACAUGAUGUCAAGUAUAUUCAAACCCUUGGGUCUCGCAUGCUUUCAUUCUACGAUAAGCUCAUGGUAAACAUGCAUCACGAAUGCCUCGGGAACGAGGAGGCUUGGAUUGGCACGGCUCCACAAUCCUUGGCACCCUAUGCUUCUCCGUGUUCAUCACCUCCGUUAUUAUCAGCAAAACAUAGGGAUCAGGUACCUAAUGCGGCGAAUAAUUAA